AUGAGUUCCGGCGAUGAGUUCCAACAAUUGGUGGAUAGGGAGUUCGAUGAACUCGUUCAAGAGGUGCAACGGGAAGCAGAAGAGGAGGAGGCGGCGGCGUUCGUUCGCCCGUUCUAUCAUCGGCGGACCAUCUGGCGUGACCAUGUCGGGGCACACCAUCGGUUGGUAGAAGACUACUUUGGCGAUAACCCCCGUUACCCAGCAGAGAUUUUCCGUCGCCGCUUCAGAAUGUCGCAACGGCAGCUUGCCUAUGCCGGACCCGCUGAUAUGUUCGACGAAUACCUACGGUUGGGUGAAACAACUGCUCUGACGGCGCUGAGGCGGUUUUGUAAUUGUAUCCAGACCAUCUUCGGUCCGGAGUAUCUACGGAAGCCAAAUGCUGAUGAGUGCCAGAGAUUGAUAGAUAUGCACGGGCGAGUGCAUAAUUUUCCGGGGAUGAUGAGCAGCAUCGAUUGCAUGCACUGGGAGUGGAGGAACUGCCCAGUGGCUUGGAAGGGGCAGUUCACAUCUGGAUUCAAAGGAAGACACCCAACAAUGAUACUAGAAGCUGUUGCUGACUACCGACUGCGAAUCUGGCAUGCCUAUUUUGGUGUCGCAGGGUCGAACAACGACAUCAACGUACUAGAUUCGUCCUAUCUCUUCAAUGAUGAGUGUCGGGGUGAGGGUCCGACGGUCAGAUUCAUGGCCAAUGGGACGCAGUACAACAUGGCAUACUACUUAGCCGAUGGGAUAUACCCUCGUUGGCCCGUGUUUGUCAAGACGAUCCGGCAGCCGGUUGGGCCGAAACAAUCCUAUUUUGCGGCCAAACAAGAGAGUGCUAGGAAGGACGUUGAGCGUGCUUUUGGUGUCCUCCAAUCGCGAUGGGGCAUUCUUCGGUGCCCGGUUCGACAAUGGCACGAAAAUGAUGUCGCCUCCAUCAUGUAUGCAUGUAUCAUAUUGCACAAUAUGAUAAUAGAGGACGAAGGAUAUUCUGCAGAGAACUGGGCACCGGAAGAGGGUGCAAGUACGAGUCACGGUGUUGCAACCGCCCCACUGCAGAUGGGUGUACCGCGUAGUGAUGCAUACUUGAUCCAACGGUUCGCCGAUAUGCGGAGGGAAACAUCACAUACGACACUGCAGGCUGAUAUGGUAGAAGAGGUUUGGAAUCGUAGGGGAGGAGGGCGUAGAGCGUGA